ACACACAAACCAUGGUUCCCUUGUUUUGAACCCUAAAAGCGUGCUAAGUCUUUCUUUAACUUGAGCGCGGACCAUGGCGCUUUUCCGACACUGAGAGAGUGUCAGACCUUCACAGAGACGAUGGCCCAGGCCGCGGAGACGUGUGCGGAUUCCGGACGCAGGCUGCGCUCCAUCUGCCGGAGAAUGUACGAUGAAAAUGAGGAUUUGUCCGAUGUUGAAGAAAUUGCAAACAUCAGAGGUUUUAGUGUGGAGGAAAAGCUUGCCAGUGACCGUUACAAUGCAGACUUUGUCCAUCUGAUGGAGGGAAAAGCAUUCACUUAUGAAUAUGUGCAAAAGGAGGCGCUCAGGAUCCCGCUUAUUUUUAAAGAGAAAGAUGGACUAGGAAUCAGAAUGCCUGAGCAAGAGUUUACAGUUAGUGAGAUUAAAGGGUUGGUUGGCAGCCGUAGGUCUGUGGACGUUAUGGACGUGAGCACGCAGAAAGGUUCCGAGAUGAGCAUGGCUCAGUUUGUCCGCUAUUAUGAGACACCAGAGGAAGAGCGGGACAAACUCUUCAAUGUCAUCAGCUUAGAGUUCAGCCACACCAAACUGGAAAACCUCAUCAAGCGUCCCACUGUGGUGGAUCAGGUCGACUGGGUGGACAACAUGUGGCCUCCUGUUCUGAAAGAAAGCCAAACAGAAGCCACCAAUGUACUAUCAGUGAUGAAGUACCCUAAAGUACAGAGGUACUGUUUGAUGAGUGUGAAGGGCUGCUACACAGAUUUCCACAUCGAUUUUGGUGGAACCUCUGUGUGGUAUCAUGUUUUCAAAGGCCAGAAAGUAUUCUGGCUCGUACCUCCAACCCUUCAUAACCUUGCUCUCUAUGAGGACUGGGUCCUGUCAGGAAAGCAGAGUGACGUGUUCCUGGGGGACAGAGCUGAUGGAUGUCAAAGAGUUGAACUUCAACAGGGAGAUACUUUCUUCAUUCCAUCUGGGUGGAUUCAUGCUGUAUACACGCCAGAGGACACACUGGUGUUUGGAGGCAACAUUCUGCACAGCUUUAACAUUCCUAUGCAGUUAACCAUCCAUGAAAUAGAGAACAGGACUAAGGUUCAUUCCAAGUUUCGUUUUCCUUUUUACCAUGAGAUGUGCUGGUACGUUCUGGAGAGAUAUGUGCACUGCUUGACUAAACGGUCUUACCUUUCUCAGGAGAUCCAAAAAGAGCCUCUACUAAUGGACUGUGAUGCAAAGACAAACACAGAGAGUCUCUCUUCAGACUCCAGGAGCCAGGACAUGAAUGAAUACUCAUGUGAAACUCAGGUCAGGCAUGACCAGGAUGAAAGAUUGGAACAAGUUGCACAGGAUGGUUCCUGCUCUCCUGACAAUGGGAAGAGCAAAACGCGUGGCUCUCAAAGCCCUCGACGCCUCAAAGAUGUUUUAUCUGUUGAUUCUGAGGAUAGUUGUCAUCCCAGUUCCACCUCUUUAGAUUUCCUGAAAACUCCCUCUGACUCUCCAGCUUCAGAGCCUCAGAAUAAAUGGACUCACUUGACAGAGUUUGAACGGAUUGGCCUCAAGACCCUGGUUGAGAAGCUGGAGUCUCUACCUGAAAAUAAGAAAUGCGUUCCAGAAGGAAUAGAGGAUCCACAAGGCCUGCUGGAAGACAUGAAGGUCAUCUUAAAAGAACAUGCUGAUGAUGACCCCAAACUAGCCAUUACUGGAGUUCCUGUUGUGUACUGGCCGAAGCAAAGAACAAAGCCACGGCAUCCCAACCGGCCCAAACCUAAAAUGGCAGCAUCUCCUGCAUCAACAGUCAAGCUGUCAGCUAGUCGUGGAACAUCUGGAGCCAGGAGGAGGAGGACACGCUGUCGGAAGUGCGAAGCAUGCCUGCGGACAGAAUGUGGAGAGUGUCACUUUUGCAAAGACAUGAAGAAGUUUGGUGGACCAGGCCGUAUGAAACAAUCAUGCAUUAUGAGGCAGUGCAUUGCACCUGUCCUGCCCCAUACAGCAGUGUGUCUUGUCUGUGGAGAAGCAGGGAAGGAGGACACAGUAGAGGAUGAAGAAGAGAAGUUCAACCUUAUGCUCAUGGAGUGCUCCAUCUGCAAUGAGAUUGUUCAUCCUAACUGUCUUAAAGUGAAAGAUUCAACUGGGGUAGUCAAUGAUGAAUUGCCAAACUGCUGGGAGUGCCCAAAGUGCAACCACGCUGGAAAAACAGGGAAAGCCUCAAAGCAAAAAAGAGGGCCAGGUUUUAAAUAUGCGUCAAACCUUCCUGGCUCACUUUUAAAAGAACCACGGUUAAACCGGGAAGCAAAAGAAGAGCCCGAGCCACCUUUAAUGACAACGGCAACUGUUACCGCUUUGAGCGCCACAUCGGCUGUGAAGAGAAAAGUCGAACGCGAGGAGAACCCUAAGAGAAAAGAUGAAGAGCCUCCAAAGAAACGCCUCCCUUUGCUGUCUCUAGAUGGCGCACCACGACCAAGAGUAGAGGACAACCCACUGAGGAAAAAGAGGAAGCUUUUUGACACCAGUGAUGAACCUGUCAUUGUUAAAAAGAAGAAGAAGUUUUCUAAACCGGAUGAUCCCUUGACACAGAAACUGUUUCGACAAAUCAAGACAGAGAAUGAUCAUGGUGAUGAUGAAGACGAUCAGGAUGAUCGUGAAGAAGAUGAUGGACUCUCAUUUGACAGGAUUAAUUUAAAGGAUAAAAGGGAGUAUGAGGAUGAGGAGCAAGAAGAAAAUGAGUCAGAAGAGGAAGAAGAGCCACUGACAAAAGAGAGAGGCCGUAGUGCAGAGAACAAAUCCAAGGUCCUGUUAAGUUCACUGCUGAAAACAGCAGCAACAAGAGAAGGUGACCAGUCCUCUCCCAUCUCUGCCAGAGCAGGAACAAGCAGCGACGAUGCUCAGGAAAGGAGUUCUGGUCAGCUUAAGACUCACCAUCAGCGUCGCCGUCUGCACAACAAAGAAGUGUCCAAGGAUUUUAGUCAAGAGAUUUCUAAGACUGAAGACUGUCUGAGCAACCAGAACCACAUUACAGUAAAGACAGAGGAUAGUCCAGCCAACCACAGUCGAAAACCUCUAAAGAAUGAGGAUUCUGUGACCAAUCAGAAUUGUAAGCUGAUAAAAACAGAAGAUGCCAUCACUAUUCCGAGCCGUAGGACACUUAAAAUGGAGGAUGGCCUUGUCAGUCAAAACAGACGACCUUUAAAAACGGAGGAUAGCCUCACCAAUCAGAACCACAGGCCAGUCAAGCCUGAGCCUGAGAACGAAGUCAACAAUGCAAAAUCUCGAUGGCCACUUAAUAACGGCAGCAGUGAUCUGGGUGAUUGGCUACACCACAGGGGGCGGGAGAUGAAUGGGACACAACGAGCUUACUCGCCACUGAGCUGGAACAGAAGCACACCAGUCACACCCAUGUGCCCGCGCCCUAUCCUCUGCCGAUCGCCGCCAAAGUGUAUCCAAAUGGAACGCCACGUGAUCCGACCUCCCCCAAUAAGCCCCCCACCUGACAGGCUGCCUCUGGAGGAUGGGGAACCACAUGUGAUGCAAAGAGAGAUGUGGAUGACCGUCUUCAGUCACCUGUCUCACAGAGAUCUUUGUGUCUGUAUGCGUGUCUGCAGGACGUGGAACAGAUGGUGCUGUGACAAGAGGCUGUGGAAGCACAUAGAUCUAAACCGGUGUAAGUCUAUCACGCCACUCAUGCUGAGCGGCAUCAUUCGGAGACAGCCAGUAGCUUUGGACCUCAGCUGGACUAACAUCUCCAAGAAACAGCUGAGCUGGCUCAUCAACAGACUACCAGGUCUGCGUAUUUUGCUGUUGUCGGGAUGCUCCUGGGUGGCAGUUUCUGCUCUCUGCACUUCCAGCUGUCCUCUUCUCCGAACACUGGAUGUUCAGUGGGUUGAGGGACUGAAAGAUGCCCAGAUGAGGGAUGUGCUGUCACCACCUACAGAUAAUAGGCCAGGUCAGUUAGACAACAGGAGUAAGCUGCGUAAUGUGGUAGACCUCCGUCUGGCAGGGUUGGACAUCACUGACACCUCUCUGCGCCUCAUCAUCCGCUACAUGCCUUUGUUGUCCAAGCUGGACCUCAGUUACUGCAACCACAUCACGGACCAGUCUGUCAACAUCCUGACUGCUGCAGGAACAUCCACCAGAGACUCGCUCACCGACGUCAACCUGUCAGUCUGCAACAGGGUCACAGAUCAGUCACUGACCUAUUUCAAGCGUUGUGGAAGCAUAUGUUGUAUCGACCUGCGCUACUGCAAGCAGGUGACAAAGGAAGGAUGUGAACAGUUCAUUGCUGAAAUGUCAGUCAGCGUGCAGUUUGGACUGACGGACGACAAACUACUGCAAAAGAUCAGUUAGGCAGAGGACUGCACGAUGCUCAUGACACAUUAAAACUACUGCCCACACGGAGGCAGCAGACAGUCGUGUAUGGCAAGCCGAGCUGUUUCGUCGUCUGCGGGCUACUGAACAGGCACGAGGACACCAUGUCUGUAAAACUGAUGGAAAGGGAACCUGUGCUGCUAAGCCACAACUUUUUUUUUUCUGUAAAAAUGGAAACUUUUUUUGGGGGGGGGGGCAAUAUGGACAGUUUUUUGGGGGGGUUGUUGCUGUUUUUCAGAAAUUUGCACCUAUUAAUAACUUAUUUAUUUCUUCUUAUUGAGUGUUUACCUGCAGUACCAUGGUUAUAUUUGUGUUCAUAGGUAUUUGUUCCAAUGCAAAGUUCAUGCAUUGUAGAUGACUAUUUUUGUAUCAGAAAGUGUUUCAUACAUUUAUGUGCAGUUUUAAGUGCACCACAGUAUAGUUCCAUUAAAAAUUGAUAAUCAAUUGCUGAGAGACAAAAGUCUCAAUUUGUUGCCAAACUGUAGGAUGGUAGCUUUUGUGUUUGUGUUUUUUUUAAUAUGCCAGUACUCUGUUUCCUAUUGGAUAAAGGUGCUGUCCAUUUAAUUUUCUGUAAAAAUGUUGUUAUACCUUUGUAUGAGGUGUCUUGCAGAAAAUGUUUAUUUGCACUGAUACAGCCAGUAUGAAUACAUGAAUGUAUUCACAGUCAUUACUGACAUGGUGUAUAAAGUCUUUUUGGCCUUUUUUGUUUAAGUGGAAGUGUUUGACUGUUAAUGAGUUGUAGUCCAGAUGUAUUGUAUAGUAACAUAGCUUCAUAUAAAUGUCCAAACACAGGUUGGUACUUUGCAAAAGGGAACAUUUUAGCUCUGUAAGUAGCAACAAUACCCGUUCAUUCCAUAGUCAAAGAUUUAGUAACUGUCAAACAGUAUUAAAGCUGGUUUACCCAUGUCCUCAUUUAAACUCCACAUUUGAGUCAUGCAAGAAAUAGUUUUAAUAACCCAGAGGAUUAUGAUUAAAUUUGCACAAACCUUUUUAGGUGAUGUGAAUUUGAUGUGCCACAAUACAGCCUGUACUUCAAUUCACAGAAAAAAUGGAGUAGAGCAACUGAAACAGGAUUUUUAUCUUUUCUCCACUCAUAAUGUUAUUUUACUGUAGAUAUCAAAAUUCUCAUGAACCCAGAAAUUAAGAUUUAAGUUUGUAUAAUUUUCAUGCAAUGUAAUGUUCCAGUUUCAAAAGCAGCAAAUCUUAUUAAACCAGUGGUGAAACAUUAAUUACAAAGUUUUUGACUUUAGCUCAAAAUUGAAUAGUUUUCAAAAGUCACAGAGUUCUUUUGGCAACAAUGUAGAUAACAAUUGCAGGUGAAAGCGUAACUUUCUGGGUGAAAGUAAAAAUCCUGGGUCAAGAUAUGGUUCCACUCAAACCCAUAGAUUUCAAUUACAUUUGGUUGAUUGGUAGAUCUUAAGUUAAAGAAACGUUGAUUACAUUAUGCUGCAGGUCUGACUCAAGGAGUCUGUCUUGCCUUUGAUCAUGAUUCCUUUGAUCCUGCAAUUGGGAUUGGUGGUUGAUUCAACAUAAUCAAAAAAAAAAAAAGUCAGGAGCCACCCCUUCAUCUUGAUUCCUUUGAUCCUUUUACCAGGAUUGGUGGUUGAUUCAACAUGAUCAAAACAAGUCAGGAUCCACCCCUUCAUCUUGAUUCAUUUGAUCCUGUAACCAGGAUAAAUGCAAGACCUACUAUAAGAAAGCAAGAUUCAAAGACCAGCAAUCAAAAUCAAAGAUGUGUACCGGUAAUCAGGACCAGAAUCCAGAAAUCAACAUGGAGGUUAAGGAGCAAAGAUUAGCAAUGAGUUUUAAAGGUAUGACUGUAUAACAGGUGCUAAAUUAUUUUUGUUAUUCACCUUGACACAACUGACGAAAUAGUAAAAUCUGAAAGAUUUGUGCAAAAAACAAAAAAAAAAAACCCUUUGUGCUUUACAC